CUACGUGAACGCUCAAUUCUGUAGAAAGUAGAUUAUGCUCCCGCUAAGGGGCAACCGUGUUCAGUAUCCACCCACGUGAUAUGACGUAGGCUCCAACAUUCAGGUCACCUUCUCACCAUAGCAUUCCCAAGCAACUCUUACUCUUCCACUUCACCCACUCGCUACCGCUACAAAAUGCCGCCUAUACGCACCUUCAACUCAGCGCCUAUAAACCCUAACUCGGCCGCUGAUGGCAGUACCAGCAGCGACACCGACGCAUCCCAGGCUCAGCAGGACAACUCCACACCAGCUCCAACCCUAACCGCCUCUACAACUACAACUGCAGCACCCUCGCUUUAUCCCCCAGCCAAACCCGGCGCCGCAGCCCCUGCACCAACCGCGCCACCAUCAACAUCAUCAUCGGCUACUACUGCUCCUCCUGCUGGAGGAUUUACACCUACCCGCACCUAUCCAGCUGCACCGCAACCAGUCUCUCGCCCCCUUCCCCCCGGCUCUGCGCCUGUCACACCCAACAAACCAUUCGCCGUUCCUCCGCCGCCCAAAUCAGGCGAAAAGCUUCAACCAGCAUCAUACUACGCACGACAACCGACAACGCAGCCGACAGCGACGAGGACAGGGAUGGGGAUGACUCCUGCUACACCAAACUCCACCUCAACGCCGUACUUCUCAACGUAUCAACCACCCGGCACCAACAUAUCAAACCCCACGACAGGAGCGGCGGGUAGGGGGCUUACCUACAACGAGAGCAACGGCGAAGAGUCUAUAUUCGGAGAGUCCGGGGCGAAUAUCCUCGGUACAGCGAAAUCGUGGAUGGCCAGCGCGGGGACCAAGUUGGCUGAGGCGGAGGCGGAGGUGUGGAAGAUUGUUAAUUCGAAGUCGUAGACAUGCAUUUACGUAUAAUACAUCAAUCAUGCAGAGCAUUGAUCGGGAUUGGAAAGGAGUUUGGGUGGAAUUUAUCGUUACGGUUAGGGGGGUGGAUUGUUGGGUAGUGGUUAUUGUUGGGCGGUUAUAAUAUAUAUAUAUAUAGUAAGGAUUGAUUAUGCAAAUUGUCAACU